CAUCGGCCUGCGCAUCAUCCUUACACAGUGGGAGCCUGCCCGCACCUAAUUAAUCGACUCUCAACAUCCGCACCUCCGCCUUCGAGGCCUAUGCUCUGUUUCUCAACCUCGACUCAGGCAACAUAUAUCCCGGCGGGGCAGAAAACAGAGACAUUCCAUCAGACAAGAUGCCCGCCCCGGGCGAUCAACACGGUAUCAUCGCCAAUCCUUUCGAGGAGCCGCAGAAGCGGAUGAGCGAAUACACAGCCCAAGAAAUCGCUACAUUGCAAAGCCGUCUCGAGAAACAGCUUGGCCCCGAGUACAUCUCCGCACGCGCCGGGCCAUCGGGCCAGAAGGUUCACUACAUCGCCGCCGAGAAGUGCAUCGCCCUCGCGAACGAGGUCUUCGGCUUCAAUGGCUGGUCCUCGUCCAUCCAGAACAUCCAGGUCGACUUCGUCGACGAGCACCCGCAAACCAUGAAGAUCAGCCUGGGUCUGUCCGUCAUCGUCCGCGUGACUCUGCGCGACGGCACCUUUCACGAGGACAUAGGCUACGGCCACAUCGAGAAUUGCAAAGGCAAGGCGGCCGCCUUCGAAAAGGCCAAGAAGGAGGGCACCACUGACGCCCUGAAGAGAGCUCUGAGAAACUUUGGCAACGUGCUGGGCAAUUGCAUCUACGACAAGGACUACCUCUCCAAGGUGACCAAGAUGAAGGUCGCCCCAACAAAAUUCAACGAGACCGAGCUGCACAGACACUCUGAUUUCGCUAUUAAGAAAGAGGAGGGGAAAGCUCUUCCGCCGCCACCGGUCAAGCUAGAGACGGCCGAGUCGAUUGAGGAUCUCCUUGAAGACUUUGAUGAAGCAGACUUUGCCGUUGUCGAGAGCGACCAUCCGGAUGAGGUUGUGCUUCCUCCAGUAGCAAAUGGCGUUUCCAACGAUAGAGCCGGGAGUGUUGCGCCAGCACCCGUCCCGAACCACAUGCAAGCUCCCUCUCGGCAAAUGGGCAGAAGCACAUCUACAGGAAGCCUACGAGCACCUCAGACGCCAAACCAAGCACAAUCACGACAAGGCCCUCCAACCGGCUACAGCAACCGGCCACAAGCACCAAACCAACCUCGCGCACCCACAAACCCCUUAGCCCCAUCCGCGCCGUCGGCGCCUCAAGCCAAUGGGAAUAUGACCACGCCAGGGCAAGCAGGCAACGCCGCCGAGCCUGUUGGCUUCUUCUCCGCACGUGCUGUACAGCAAAUUCCAGAAUCUGCUCUGCAGGGGAACAACGCUGACGCGCCUCUUCUCCUGCCAGCCGGGCAACAAGCCUUCAAUCCAAAGGCAGAGAGCCCAUCCAUACGAAAGACCCCCGGCAUAGAUCAUUCAGUCUCGAAGCCCCUUGCUAGAUCUGGUCAGCACGUUCCGCCAACCCCGUCGCAGCAGCCGUCCGCAUCGGGCUUCACGCCGGUCAGACCGGGCAACGCCGGCCCCGGAGGGGGAACCGGGGCGCCGCACCUGCAGCUCAGCCAGAGUCGACGGAUCGGGGCUCCCGGGGGCGCUGGUAGUCCUUUGGCCAACCGGGGUUCCUAUCGGCCGCCAAGCAUGAAGCGCCCGCUGCAGCAAGACGGUGCCGGAAGGCCAGCGCUGGUUGAUGUGUCAAACAAUGGGGCGGCGGGCAACGCCCCUGGCGGCGUGGGGGUAGAUCCAAAACGUCAGAAGAUGACAUGAUUGCAAAUUCUAGCAUGUUCAGCGUUGCUGAGAAAAAUUGCGUUUUGGCCUGGAGCUCUGGAGUCUGGUUUUCAUCGGGUAUGGGGUUACAUAUAUGUGCGGGAGUUUUGGCCGGGUCGGUAAAGGCAUGCCGAGCCAUGGCGGCUCAGCCUAGGUUGUGGAAUGUAACGAACAGCUUUUUUCCCUUUGAUUGAAAGGGCUUAUGGCGCUAUAACACGUUCUGCCGCAAUGGAGCUACUUCCUGCUCACUGCGAAAAUCACCCAAAAUGUUUCUGAUGUUGUUUGCCGCACAUAUCCUUGGGCACGUAUAUGGAAAACUUAUGAGUCAAGUCCAGGAUACGAGUUCUCGCCGCAAGUUGGUCCGUAGACUGGACCAUCAUUGACAACCUGCUUUUGAUGAACUUUGAUUUUCAUGAGUAAUAAUACUGUUACCAUACUAUUCUCUCAAGUCGAGGUGUGUUGUGUUACCCAAGAAACUCCUCGUCGGCUCUCACAGCCACAACAUAGC